GUAUUAUUUGGAUUUUGAUUUUAGGGUUUUGGCCUUUUGGGUAUUAUCUAACAUUAAACUUUGAGGUUUGCGCCUCGAGAGUCACUAAAAAUUAAAAUGAAUUCUGUUUUGGCGAGAUCUAUUAAUCUUCCUAGUAAAUAUGGUGCCGCUAGCCGUAUUACUACAGUUCGAUGCCUAGCUAGUAAAAUAGAAGAUAUUCAAACUCACACAGGUCAAAAAUGGAACUCCGAUGACUAUCGCCUCGUACGAUUCACAAAUGCACCUAAGCAAGUAAAUCAGAAUUGGGCAGUAAAUUUAAUUGCUGCAGUACCACCUAAAGAAGUUACCGAGAGAAUUGUGUGGUGUGAUGGUGGAAGUGGACCAGAAGGUCAUCCGCGUGUCUACAUAAAUCUGGACAAACCGGGUGAUCAUUCUUGUGGAUAUUGUGGAUUAAGAUUUAUUAAGAAAGAGCAUCAUUGACCACCUGUUGCUGUAAUAAGUGCUCUGAUAGAUUAUUAUAUCAUAGUAAUAUAGUAUGUAGUUUG